ACUAGUUUUGAAGAUAUAGUGAUCACCGUAACGGCGAUUUUUGAAAACACCAUUUCUAGAUAACAGCCCAUUGUAUCUGUAACUUUGGUUCUAGUGCUCCAAUAUUUAUGAAAUUUGGAAUGUGUAUUGACUAGUUAGUACACUUUCUGAUUAGGUAUUAAAAAAAUCGUUUUUUUUAUCCCCGCAAGGUAUAUUUGUCCCUUCUAAACCAUAGGGGAAAAAUAUGCUCAACAGACAUCCGAACAGGAAGGUCCGGGUAGUGUGGGGUAAGGGCCGUCCUCUACAACCAAAGUAAAAACCAGGACUACCCACCAAACACAUUCCUAUGGUCACCAAACCCUUUGUCUCUCCGGCACCACCAAGAAGGCAUUGCUUCAGAGAGGGCUUAGUGCACAUCGCACUCUCAAGGUUCGCUGCGUGGCCUGCAACAAUGAACACCGACGCCACGACAGCAACGCUACCAGGACGUUCUCUCCGCGAUCACUUGAUCGCUGUAAGGGUCGAUUUCGACCGCAGGGCACCGGCAUAACCUACGAAGCCGACUCCGAACCCCUGGACCACCUCUUGUACCGCAUAUGAAAUAGCCAUUCUCCGAGUCCACGCGCCACCUCCUCUGUAGCUCCAAGACGAUGUGGGUGAUAGCCGUUGAAACGACAUUCCAGCCAAACUCAUCCCUACAUAUCCCCUGGACAAGAUUGUCCGGAGUUGUGUCCUGCUCGCAUGUGGCAAGCAUGCGGUCACGCAUUGUGCAAAAAUGCGGGAACACGCACAAAACGUGUUCCGUCGUUUCCACUAAACCAGCACAAACAAGACAUUCGGGAGAACCCGCAUGCCCGAAACGGAAUCACCCAUGGCCUGAAAGGACCUUUGUGAGGUGGAAUGUUACUUCCCCAUUGCGCCUAUUCAUCCAACUAUCUACCCUCGGAAUCAACCUAUGGGUUGCCAUUUGACCAUGGAGGCCAUCCUGGCAGUCCUGCGUAUGCCUCUUGUGUCGCGCAUUUCGAAGCACUCUAUGUCCUCCCCGAUAAGGAUGCCAAUAGACACCAUACCAGUGAGGACGUAGAGCGCGUUGUAUGACACGGUACGGUACGCGCUUGCAACCCUCAGGCACAUCAGCCUUAUAGUACUUUCCAGCUUACCACGGUAGCUUUCGGUACUUAGCACUCCGGGCCGUGCUAAGCUUUCGGUGCCCCACGCCGGGCCGCUAUACCUUAGUAAGGACGUAUCAGUAGGUCGGCUCUAGAGGCACGUUCUCCUCCAUUCGGGAAAUUUGUGCCAUCAAAGUAUGGACGUAGCGAAACUAGUCAGAAGAUUUCACUUACUGGCAUACAUCGCAGAGCUAUUGGACAGCUUCCGAGACAGUGCCACUAUAGCUGUGGAGGUUCUUUCAGGCGCAAUCAACGUGGCAACCGAAGGUAAGCUUAUCGUCCAACAUUACGCUCAAGUGUUUGAUGGAGCGCUUCGACGUGAUAACGCAAUCUACACUGAUCACCGCUUGCUGGUUCGACUUCGGAUUGUUCACAACCAUCACCUCAGUUUUGUGGUGUGCCAACUCCAGUUUCCUGGACCUCAUCCACGCCUCCACAACAACGAUCGAGUGGGUAGUAGUCAAGUCUUCGAUCGACUCGUAAACUUCGAGCGUAAACUCGCCAGCAAAGUCGACAAUCGCCACUCCUACCUGGAACUCUAACCUCAACACCUCAUCGUACAUGACAUUCCAUAACACCGGACUUAGGAUGGACCCUUGCGGGACUCCUGAGGUUAUAGGAAAGCCCUUCUGCCCCACCACUGUGUCGUAAACUAAUACUUGAUUCUGGAAAUAAUUUCCGAGAAUAUUGUACAGGUACCCGGGUAUCACCAGAUGCAGGAGCUCAUCGGCAAUAGCAGACCAUCUGGCGCUAUUAAACCGAAAUCCCCUUCUCUUACGCUUGAGUGUUUUCCCGGCGGUUUUUGUAAGGCGCUGCCCAUAAACUACGUAGACUCAUUUUUGGUCAUCUUCAACAUCCCCCGUAGACUGAUAAAUUAAAAAAAAAAUUUAUGGAGCGUAGACUUUGGCCAAACCCCACCCUCGCUCCAUCAGAGUCUACGACGUUCAUGGCCAGGCCCUAACCGACAGGAUAGCGCCUACGGUCGACCUUCCCUUCUGCAAACCGUAUUGGGGCUACUCGAAAAACCAUUUACACCCUCGGUAUGCCUCAACAUUCUAUUGAGGUUGACCUUUUCGUGUACCCCGCUGUGUCGGUCAAGCAUAUUGGUCUAUCUACAAACGAGUCUCCGGGUGGUUUCCCCGCCUUUGGCAAUAGAACCAGGCUCUGCCUCUUCCAUGCUGCUAGGAACACUCCCUCGUCUAGGCAUUUCUGCAUAGCAGACCUGAACAUCUCGGGAGCCUCUACAAUAGCUACUUUGAAGGCCAGGAUCGCAAUUUUAUCCGGACCUGGGGCCUUACCUGCGCUAAGGAACUUUGCUAUUACCGCAAGUUCCACAUCGGUUACCCUCGCCUCAUCGCCAGCCCCCAGUCCCCGGCUGUCCUACGAAAACAGGCCAAGGACUAGGAUCAUGACGCGGAAAAAGCCCCUCGAUGAUCCCCUCCAAAAUAUCCCCACAAGGUAUGUAACCUCCUAAGUGUGUAAGUGUUGCAAUCACUUGCUCACGGCAGACCAUAUAACGACCUUUUCAACCCGUUUCUGGUUCUAGCGAUGGCUAUGAAUGUUUACCUGUUCCUUAUACACCUAUGGCAACCAACCUGAAAAGAUGCCGAAAUUGCAUUCCAGCUAUGUAGGUACCCCAUCACCCGUCACCAUCGGUAUCACCGGUCGUACACGCGGGAAACAGAUGUACAUUGUCCCAUGCGAAAGUCAAUUUUCCGUUAAAUAUUCAUAAUUUUCUCAUUCACUCCCAGUGACGCUUGUACCGUGUUUCGUUAACUAGCUGCUGCUGCUGUUGCCGGUUCCGAGAAUGAGAACAGUGCGCUUUCUGAAUGGAGACUGUUGUUGGAUGAUGGGGUGUUUGGUCAGGUACCUCUGACUACGAACGUGUUAAUCAAUUUGUCCUUACCAGUGACAGGUGGCACUUUGAUUUGUUUGCAGUGUGAUAUUUUAUGAUUCAAUUUGUGGAUUGCCUUUCAGGGGUACGAUGUAGUAGUCCCAUAGACCGAACAUUGAUUUAUCUGGAUGAACAGAAUUUCAUCACAAGUGUCAGCCCCGUUUUCUGCCGGUUAUUCCGGCACCCUGAACUGAAUCCUCAUUAAACGAAAUUAGCCAUCAGAACAGAUUGAAAGCGUGGCUAUUUUUGAUUGUCCUUGUCGCGCUAUGAGGGCUCACACUACUGACUGCGUUGCGUUGCGGCUUACGACCAUCCUUUUUCACUGACUUUAUUUACACCACACCGCCGAAGUUGGGUGUACGCAAACAAACGCGGCAAGUCCGGGGGGCAAAAAAGGAUAAUACACACAUUUAUAGUGCAUAACAGGUCGGGGAAAAAAUCGUUCCAAGCUUUUUCAUUUGAUAAAUAAAAAUUGAAUUUUAAUUAAAAGUAAAUAUUAAUUACUCAGCGCAAUACAUUCGAAAUCCACCAACAGGGCCGCCAAUCCUGAUAUCGGUUGACGACAUGUGUUUGCAACGCUGCUGAUGGUCGGAGUAUUGACUGUCGCUGUUGGUGAAUGAAAAAAAAACGCCCACGUACGAACUACAAAUAUUAUUCCAGUGAAUCAGCGAAAAAGAGCUAAUUUAGUCAUGAAAAUCAACAGAUGUCCACUUGAGUUGGGCAUUGCUCUUGGGAAAUUUCGAUUCGAUGAAAAUUAAUGUUGGAUUUCGUAUUCAUGACUAUGACCAGUUACGACCUGUUGAUAAAUCAGUCUGGAAAUCGUUCAGGUGAUUGCUAAUCGUUAGCAAGCGCUCUCAAUCAAUCUCAUAAGUGCCUGGCGAUUGCGGGAAACAAAAAUGAAAUGUUUCCGCCGCAAAGGCAAGGCAUCGUGUCACCACAGAAAGAUACACAGAGAGAGCCAAUUGUGAGCUAAGAAGGGUCUUCAGGGACACGAAAAAACAAAACUCACAAACGACGGCAUCAGAAAGAAAAAAAAAACGAGAACAAUCAUCAAAUAUUUAAACGCUUGCAUAUCUUGAGAGACUCUUUUAACUGCUCUCGUCAGCUCUUCUGGUUUCGCUCGAUUUUCCACAUUUUCCGGCGCCCGGUAUUUGCAAACCAUUAUAAACGAAUCUGUGUGAAUUUCUCCACGGAUUUUGGUUGCUUCCCCUAACGCCGUCAAGCGCGGUGUUGCAUACCAGUAGGGUAGGUGGGUAUACCUGACAACUGUUUGUGCCGGUCAACCUUAUAAUAUAAUCGAUGCUAAUAAUUAAGGUGGAGAUAACUACAAUGAUGCACUCUGAUUAUACGUUUCAUAUAAGUACCAACAAAUAUGCUUGUUCCUAUAUCAGUUAAACAAUAAUUCUUUAAUGAUAAUGAUCAUUAAUAAAAUUCUUUCCUUUCUGUGUCUUUUAUGAAAAAAAAAAAACACGAAGUCCAAACAAAAAAAAACCUUUUUCCUCCACUUUCAUGCAUGAAAAAGGUUAAUUUUCAAUCAUCUUUUACCUAGAAUCGUCAAUCAUCAAGCAUUUGCUUAAACAUGGAAUCCAUAUCACAUAGUUAGUCGAAAGCAAAAAUCCCAAAAUUUUGAAAAAUGCGUUUCAAAGUUUUGAUAAAUUGGUUAUUUUAGGUAUCCCGUGCAACUUUGAUAAUGCAAAUAACAUCGUUAAAAAUAACACAAGUUUACAAAAUAAAACGAAAGUCGUAAACUUCUGUCAAUGACCAAAAUUUUUGAAGCACAAUUUAGUGCUGAUUUCGAAACCGACCUUCAAAAAAAUUAAAGUAGAACAGUUUUUGAGUUUUACCUCAAUGUCGAGUUUUGUAACUUUUCAAAAUAUGUAAUUUACUAAAAUUCAAAUAUAUUGCGUUUUGUUCAACCAAUUUUAAAUCUUUUUCCAUAAAUUAAAAGCUGAAUACAAUACCAUUCGAUCAUCUGAAUACAGGUUUUGCGUCAGAUUGAUGAAAUUCAAUAUAUUGGCGAGCUUUGGGGACGAUCUUCUUAAAUUUUAGCAAAAUUCUCAAAAUUUUUUGAAGAAAUGUAUUUUUUUCAAUAAGAAAAAACCAACUUAAAAAUUCAUUCUCGACGUUUAUUUGACAUAUCAUAUGUAGGCGAGUUACAGUAAAAAUUUCAGCUCACUCGGAGCAUUGAUUACGAAGAAUGAGAUGUUUGAAGUGAGCGACUUUGUUUAAAAAUAGAACAAAAAUCGAUUUCAAAUCAUCAACGUUGUAUGGGAAGUCGAAAAAUUUUCCGCUCUACUGUAUUUUUUUUCCUUCGCGUUUUCGAAUUCAGGGCAUGAUUCUACACCAAAAAUGAUCAUCAGCUUACCGAGUUCAAAAAUGCUGUAAGCUAGUGUAAUAUAUUUAUUUUCCAUUGAUAAAAAACUACUCAUCAUUCGAUACAUGACUUUUAUAGUUCAAACAAGUAAGAAGCGCAAAGAACGAGAAACUUCAUGUUGCCGAACUCUCGCAGUUAUUUCGAAAUUUCAUUUCUUACAUUAGAAAACAAAAACUUCGUUUGCUCGGAAUACCAUCCGAACAAAAAAAAGUGUGUACCUUUCCCGCAACAUCAGCGAUAUCGUUAUGGCUGUGGGUACGAACCGCAGCCAGCAUCUAUCUACUACCAUCAGCAGAAAAAAUGACGAAUUAAAUUGAAAAACAAAUACUUUCAACAUAAUUCGAUUUUUUCAACUCCCUCGCUCCGCGCUGUUUGGGCUUUUCUAUCUCCGUCCGUCAUCCGUUCGUCCGGAUUUUCCUGUGCCUGGAUCCCUUAGCCUCUCCGGAUUCCCCUCGCGUACUCCAGCAGGAGGUUCUCUUUCCGAGGAGUGCUUGCCGUGUUUAUCUAAAUCACAGAAGCAAAAUGUACACAAGAAAAUCCAUCGAAAAAUGCGGUUUGGCUGGUAAAUACCGCGGGGGAAUCUCUUUCUUGCGAAAACGUCUGUUGGUCGACCGACCAACCAACAUCAUCGGCGGAUGCCGAGGGACGACUGCGAUUCAAUCUGUCUUGAUAACUGGGAGCAGUGUCGCGUAGGCUUGAUCCAAUACUUAGGUACCUUGUUUAUUUGCCUUGCCAUAGUUGAUUGACUGAUUGUGUAUUUGGUUCUAUGGGACACUAUGCACUGUAGUCACAUCGAAAAAUCAUUUGAAAGGAACAAUAACGAUUUAGUGUUACAAAAAAGUCUGCCUGGAAAUAUCUCUGCUGAGAAAUUCCCCGAAUAUUUCUCAAGAGACUCAGAAUCUCUUCAAAGAGACUCCCACAAUCCAUGCAAGUAGAUACCUAGAAACACGGUGUUAAAAUUUCCAGGAUGGCUAAAGAUUUCCUGAACAUCUGCCGAAAGAGUGCCGGAGUCUCUGCCAGGGAUUCGAAGAACGUGCUUCCAAAGUUUCGUGGAGCAUCCUCUAAGUGAUCCAUGAAACCUACUCAAAGGAUUUCGUAGAAUAUCUACACAUCUCUAUACUUCCGAAAGACACUCAAAAUUUCUGACAACAGCAUUCAGAACGAAUGUAUGGUCAAUAAUAGCUUCUGAUGGAUUCGUAGAACUUGCUUUUGAAGAUUCGAAGAACCUUCGUACAAGAGAUUCAUGGGAUCUUUAGUUGAAUCACACCCGAAGGAUUCACAGAAUCUUUUUCUAGAAAUCUUCCGAUUCACAUCCGAUAGAUUUGCUGAAUCUCGAUCAGGAAAUUGGUUCAGGAUCACAUCUGAGAGAUCCGUUAAAUCUUUCUUCAUGGGUUUUGUAAGACCUGGUACUAGAAUAGUCAAUAGAUUCCCAUAAUCUCCUUCAGCAUGUCUCCCGAUGAAUUCGUAGAACUUCUUCUGACGGAUUUGUGAAGCCUCCUCCAAGGAUUUUCUCAGAAGCUCCUCCAAAAAAUUCGUUAAGUCUCUGUCAAAGAGUUCGCAGAAUCUCGAAUUUAACCAAAUCACGUUCGACAGAUCUUCGGAAUAUCGGCCAGGAAAUUUGAGCAACUCUGCCGUAGGGAUUUGUAGAAACUCGUACUAGACAUUCGAAAAACCUCUAUAAGGUAGAACUUUCCAUCAUGGGUUUGGAAAACCCUUCCAAAAAAGGGUCUCUACCGUGAAAUUUCUUGCAGCAUUACCGAGAAAUAUCCAGAAUCCUGUCUAGAAAAUUGCAGGAUCCGUGCUGAAAGAUACUUUUUUUCUUCUUCUUUAUGGCUCGACGUCCCCACUGGGACUUAGUGUUCAUUGAGCACUUCCACAGUUAUUAAUUGAAGGGUUUUCUUUGCCUGCUAUUGCAUGAAUUUGUAUAUUGUGAGGCAAGUACAAUGAUACACUAUGCCCAAGGAGUCGAGAAAAUUGUCCCGACCGGAACGGGAAUCGAACCCGCCGUUUCCGGAUUGGCGAUCCAUAGCCUUAACCACUAGGCUAACUGGAGAGUGCUGAAAGAUACCUGUAAUCUAAAUCGAGAGAUGUCAAUAAACUCUUCAGAAUCUCUUCUCCGAGAGAUUUGCAGUAUCUUCCGAGAGAUUAGCAGAAUUUUUGCAAAUAGAUUUCCAGAAUCUUAUCCUGAGUGUCCUCCGACGGAUUCAUAGAACUUCUCCCGAAGGAUUCUAAAAACCUUCGUACAAAGGAUUCGUGUAAUUCUCCAAGAGACUUAUUGAGCCUCUGCCGAAGCAUUCGUUGAAAAUUUACCGGAAAACAUCCAAUAGACUUGUAGAAUCUCGACAACCUCUGACAGAUUCCUCUAUUAGUCGUCUAGUAUAGGUACAACCUCCUGCAAGGGAUUCGCAAGACUUCCACUAUGAAAUUUGGAGAAUCUUCAGGUAAAGAUAUAAGGAAGCCAUACCUAGAAUUUUUGAGAGCACAAAUCUGAAGAACCAAAUGACAGUUUGGCUUCGAUAUAGCUUUACCUUCUACAAAAACAUAAGGGUGAAAGAGAGCGCGUCCUGGUGUAAGAUUGUCAGAAUAUAUGCCAUUAGAUUAGAUGUAUGUUAAAGAGAUUGCCAGAUGUCCGCUUUGUAAGAGAUUCCCAAUAAACUGUAAGGACAGAUCUAGUAUUACUGACAAGAAACUCAAAACACCUCUGUUAAGAACUGAAAACUAAACUCUGUCAAAAGCAUCUCUUCCGACAGAUUUAAGAACUUCCACGAAGGACCUAUCCCAAUGGAUUCAGUACUCUUCUCAGAUCACCAGUAUCGCCUGCCUUCGACAUGUGACGCCUCAUUAACGUACUCGGCUCAGAAGGUGUCAGACGACGAAUAUCUCAAGAGAAACUGUCCUAGUCUGCCCUCUCAAUACUCCACCUAAACUUUGACGCAGUAGGCGAGGGGUCUAACGUCCUACGACAAUAGGGCGCUGCAUGAAAUUAUCUCCUUCUCUUUCACUCUUACAGAAAUUUUGUAAACAACAAGGCCAAGAAACGUCAAAAUCCCAUACAAAAUCAAAACAGUGCGGUGCCCUAUAGAAUAGGGAAGUUGUCACUUCCGUGAAGAUCGUAGUCUAUUUGACAUAUAAACCGACUGGCGACAUCUCAAGAGGCAAUGGAAAGAUCGACCACAGAUUGAACCCAAGUGGUAGGAUCCAGUCUAGUCGGUCUCCCACCGUUUAGUGUCGAACAGCUUACAAUAUUCAGUAACUGGCGUAAUCAUUCACCCCUUUCGUUGCCGUAAUGUGAUCCCUUUUUUGGGCGUUGAGGUCGCUUACAAGUCAGAUGACGUCCUGCAGCAUACCCAUGACGUUGUUUUCUAAUCCAGCUUCUAAUGAGCUCAAAUGAAAGUUUUAGGACUUACAAAGCUGUCUCCAAUUGAACUUCCUUAUGAGAUAUAUCCUUCCUACCAGUCCAACGCCGUGUCUGGUGGCGUAAUUGUAAGACUUAAUAUACCACUUAAGUCACUUAUACCUACACACUUAGAAAAAAUCACCGACUUCGGUAAUAUUUUACCGAAAUCUCAACCGUUAAGUUUUUUUACCGGAAAAACUCGGUGACGUUUACCGAACUUCGUUAAAUUUGACAGAUAAACGAUAACAUUUUACCGAAAUUUGGUAUUUUUCACAGAAUUUCGGUAAAGAAUUAUUACUGAACGCUCAGCUGUUGAGAUUUCGGUAAAAAUUACCGAACGCGACUAGCUGUGUACCCCUGAAAUAGGGGUAGUUCGGCAACCUUGGCCAUGGUUUCUUGGAGGGCCAUUACGUAAGGAUUAAACCUGUUUUUGAGCAGUUUGAUCUCAAACGACCUUGAUCUCAACCCGUUUGCGUUCCAAUGCAGUGCAAUAAGCGAGUGUAUUGCUAGCCAUGGAGUUCAUUAUGUGCGGCCACAACUUCUCUUCCGCGAUCCGGUAUCAAGGCCAGGGGAGUGUUGGUCUCUCUUUUUUGCGGUUUAACCAUUUCGGGCAGUUUCGAGACUGGUGAGCUUCCUCUUACGGAGUAAGGGACAGGCCACUCACAGUUUUGGGAGUGGCCCACCGACAUCAACCAUUUACAAGCUACCAUGAAAGCUGCUUGCAGUCCUUUCAGAGGCGAGGUCUCAGGAACGGAAGCGUACUUCUUCAUGAGUUCGGCGAUCUCUUUUGAAAAAGUUUCCACCUAUUGCUGGAGAAGCUGGGUUUCCUCGCACUCCGUUUACAUUGCCACCCUCUUUUAUUGCGGCUUUCUUGGGUCAGACGCCUGUUAACGACUAGGGACAUUCGUAGACGACAUCCGUGUAAGACUUCCCCCUUGAUUUUCCCGUUGUUCCAGACUUUCUUGGCCUGUCGAAAAAAAAGCCUCAACGCCAGUCUGUAACUUGAAGACAUCAGCUUCCCGCUUGUAUGUAGGGUACUUACAAUAGGUAGGUAAGAAGUUGGGGAUUCUAAAGACAUAGGGUCUUGUACCAUUUGGGCAGGUGUACCUAUUUUGGGCACUUGCCGCUAUAACUAAGUCAAUUUUAUACCUAAUAACAUAGUUUUUUUGCACACAAUGAGAUAGGCACAGUAUCUAACCCUAUACAAAAAUUGAAAUCAAUUGGUAUGAAAUAGACUUAGUUAUUGAGGCAAAUGCCCAAAAUAGGUACCCCUGUCCAAACGGUACAAUACCCUACUGUCUGCUAUGUGAAGAAACUGGAUAUGUGGCGAGAAAUAAUAAGGAUUUUUGAAGAAGUUUGGACUCUUGGAACAAAAUGAUGCUUCCAAAAAUAUCUUAAAAAUACCUUCGAGAAUUCCUCAGAAGAUUCUUCUAGGAAUUCUUCAAAUAUUCCUCCUGGAAUCCAUCAGUUGGAGUAUGUAUCAAUAAGUGAAUAUUGUGGGAAUGCUUUCUGAGAUUCUACCAGGAUUUCCUCCAUAAUUUCUUCUAGAAACUGAUUCAUAGAACUGAAUUUUUAAGAACUCCUCCACAUUUCCUUCAUGAAUUCCUCUGAAGUUUUUUUUAAAUCGAAAGUUACAGGAUUCUGUAAUUAUGAAUCGACUAGUUAUUAGCAUGACGCUACUGUUAUUUCUGGAGUUAUACCACAGACAAACAGACGUAACACCUUGAAUGAUUUUCAUUGAAAUCCAUCGCCCAAUGCACACUACAAUCACUAUGAUGUGCAAUAUCGUCAACAGAAGGCGCUAGUGUGAAACGUCAAACGCAUAAAAAAAACGAUGCGCGCCUCUGGCUGUGAAAGCCACAACUAUGAAAAUUUAAAAUGAUCGUUAAAAGCGUGGUCGAUGGAAAUUUUGCAAGUGUUACGUCUGUUUGUCUGUGGUUAUACUUUCUGGUGGACUGGAGCUUGGACUGGACAUUCACACCGAAUAUUCGUUAUUCAUACCCACGAAUGACAAAAUAUCGUCCUCGAAACAAUUCAACAGAACCGCGUCACUUAAACUAAUCCAUCAGAGAAAUCCCUUCGAAUGCGUGUACAUAUCAAUUAUGAACCAUUGCAUCAAAUUUCUUCCCAGAGAGAGAGAGGGAGUGAGAACGAACGCCCAGGAUCCCCGCAAUCCAACACCAUUUCCCAAAUUGGCUUUUAAUACCACACUUCUCUAAUUUCUUUGUUAUGGGGGUGAUCCGCAUCAAUCAACGAUUCAAUUGGUUUCGCAUCUGCACUUCACUACUGAGUACUGUGUGCGGAAUGCAAAAGGAUAUAAAACCGCGCAACAUCAUCAAUCCCACAAAAAGAUAAACACUCCAAAUAGAACAGCAACUGAACUGGCGUUGGAAAUUGAGCGCUUCUGCUGAGAGCAGGAGAGCCUCCAAGAGCGAUGAUGAAAGGGAUCCGUUGUGAGAGCGAGCCUUUUCCUCCCGCAUAAGUGCAUGUGCCACAGUGGCAGAGCGCGGGAAAUUGUUCGGAUCAACACCGCACACGAUCCUGCUACAGUGCUGACUGGACUGGCAGCAUGAGAUAUGAAAUAUGGUUCUGACUGCAUUCAUUCGCCUAAAUGACGUUACGCGAUUCACACCGUUUUUUGGACAACGACGAGUGGUGUGUUUUCCAUCAAUCUGGAGUUGGAAAGUGUUGAAGACUUGUUUGUAGAAGGUUCAUCUUGAGGAGCAAUACUAAUUGAUUGAAGCAGUGGAAAGGGCUAACAUCUUGGAACACAUCUAUUGGAUUGGCCGGAAUUAGAUUACAUGUCAAGCAAUUAGAUUACACGGAAUAAUUAAUAGAUCGUCAAUUUUGAUUGCUUUGUGGGUUCAGCAAUGGAUACGAUGGAUUUUGAAACGGAUUAUUUUUCAUCAUCGGAUGGAUUGAAAUCGAUUGUGUUCGCAAGAAUGACAGUGAAACAUAAUUUGUUUUAGAUUCGGAAAACAAUAAUGCAACAACGACGCAAAGUGAAGUGCCCUGUGUACCCAUGCCAGGCCAGGACCCAGCGAGUGAACAUGAGUGAAAUUUAAUUCAAUUUAUCCAAUCCAAUCCGCGCGCGAGAAUAAUUGUGGUUUGAAUUCGAUUUUUGUGGCCUCAGGGAAUUUGAAUUCCGGAAAAAUCUGUGCGGCUGUGGCAGUCCGAUGGAGGAUAUAAAUCGGUCGGUUGAAUUCGCAUUGGCCGCUCGAAAUGCUGCUCAUGCAAAUAUAAUGCGUGUCCCUGAACCAAGUAUUGUUCAAAAUGGCAAUAAUUUCUACAGAAUGGAGUAAAAACAGCAGAAUAAUUCCCUUUCGAAUCCCGUGAUACACUAACCAGUUGGCAAAAUCCACAAAAAAUGAUGUUUACAAAUUGGUUAGCACCGCCCACGACGAGCCUACCGCCGGACACAAUCAUCGAAGUUGGGCCACCGCCAUUCACACGGUACGCCGCACACAGUGCACUGGUUUCCGUCCACAGUGGCUAUCUGCGGGCAGCGCUGCGUUCCGACAACUCGACAGGAAACGCCACCACGGAUACCAUUCAAAUAUAUGUCCCCAAUGUAACCGCAGAGCAGUUCACCCCGCUGCUCACCUACAUGUACACCGGGUUUCUGGAUUUGAAUAUUGAAAACAUAUUCGGCGUGCUGCUUGCUACCCACAUUCUUCACAUGCCGCGAGCGCUGGAAUUGUGUCGUUCGUUCCUGUCCGCCACCCAAACGGAGAACUACUUCGGUGGACUGAACGUUCUACCCUCUUCGGCCAGUGUCGCCUCGGGGGGCCUCAAACUCAAGCCUGAAUUGCCCGAAACAGGCAAAGUAGUGCGACCAAUCGCAAGCAAAGCCACCGGAAUUGGACUCAAUUUCAUUGCACCUCCUACAUCGCACAUUCUACUGCCAAGCACUCACACCCCAUUCAAAAGUCUUUCAACCGUUGUUGUUGGCACACCGACAGUAAUAGUUGAGAAUGCGGAAAAUUCAUCGCCACCUCCGGGGAAUGCAAAAAUAGCUGCGCUCACCGAAAAUUCUGCUCCGGUCGCCGAACGAGGCCACCAUGCAGCAGAUGUAGACGAGAAAUCCCCAAAGGAAUCAAACCAAAAACGACAAUCAAAAUCUCUAAAACGUGGUAACUCCAAUAAAUCAGAAUCCGUUGUUACAACGAGCAAUAGCGGCACCGCCAAGGAUUCAUCCAAAGUCCAAUCCGACAAAGGUGUGAUCAUCGAUAUUGCAAGCUGUGAUGGUCCGGUUCGUUUCCGGAGAGUCCUCAACGAUAGCUAUGGAUUGAAUAGCAACAACAGCAACGUUCCUCCGCCAGAAGAUUCCAAAGCCCAUUCUCGCUACAUGAGCUCAUCGUUUCACCAACAGAUGGUUCGAAACAUCAACGAGCGCAAGCAGAAUCUCACCACGCUGGGCGAAAGUUACUCCUGCGUUAGCAGCCAGAAGGACGAAAACAGCCAGGACAACAACCAAUCGCAAAGCUCGCAGCAAAGCACGGCAUCCGCAGCGGCAGCGGCGGCGGCAACCACUGGCGAAAUGUACAACUGUGUCUACUGUAAGCACACCUUCAAGUCCCAGUAUUGCUACCAGAAACAUGCCAAGCGACACCUGAUUCCGUUGAGUUUGGAUUCGAGCAGUGCUGUUGGCAGUGUGGCAGUGGCAACUGAACUUUCCACUGAAGGGGAAAUGGACAUUCCGGGACCGAGAUACGAAAAACCUGGAUCAAAACGUGAGGUCAAACCGCUGGAUAUGAAUGUGCAAUACUAUCCGUGCAAGACGUGUGGUAGCAAAUUUCCUAGCUAUUACUUUGUGCACAAGCACAGGAAAAUGUGUCACGCCGAGGAGGAGAUUAUAUAAACGUAAAUGUAUAAAAUACCUGCUGCAUAGGUGAACAUAAAUCAACGCAAUCAAACAGGGUAUAUUUAAUCAAAAGCUUAGUGCACACUAGUGUUUAAAUGAAACAAAAUAUCGCUACAUAUCAAAUAAAUCUCAAAAAUCUAUCUUCAAAAUCCUGAAGCACAGUGUCUCUGAUGUCUUAGCUUAAGUUUAUACAUUUUGUUUGUUUGGUCAUUCAGCUGUAGCUUGUCGUCAGCUUUCGAAUGUAAAGGCGUAAAUUUAGAUUAAAACUCCUGAAAUGUGAAUCAGGAAGUGUUCUAACGAUCAAGCAAUCCCUGGCAGAACUACUUCAAAAACACCAAAAAAGAAUACAGGUGCUUUUUUAUCGAAAUUUGUGGAAGGAUUGCAGGAGAAAUUUUAGACAAUUUUUCUUACAAAAUUUACUCGGAAUCAUGAUUUUCCGUAGUAACUCCGGAAAAAUAUCUGAAAACCUGUAAGAGGAGGAUGCCCAAAUGUACUGAAAGUCAAUAAUGUUUCGUCCAUGGAGUGCUACAACAAAACCUUUCCCAACCAGCAUGUGGUUCGUGCAUUCGAAAAUUUCAACGAUAAGACUUCAACAUACCCUUUCCCAUAAAAGAGCUUGUAUUUGCUCUCCGACAUAUACGGAUUUUUGAAAAAAAAAAAAAAACACACACACAGCGAUCAAUAGAAAAUCCUCCCAAAAAAUCAUCCAGAAAUUUUACAAAUGGAGAAUUAUUCCUUUGAAUAGAAAUUUUUCAAACAAUCACCUCAGACAUUUUCAUCUUAGUAGGAUGACUAUGCAAAUUAUCGGCAGGAGGUUUGUUCAUUUCCUUCGGAGGGGGGGGGGGGGGGGGGGUUGUGGUUUCGUCGACCAAAUUGCCUGAAACUUGGUUGUAUAAUUCAGCUUGAUUGGGAAAGAUUAAAGGCCAAUUUUGAGUUCAAUAGGUUUCGAAAACCCCUCAUGACAAAGAGAACAAAAGUGCCGAUAACACCCACUCCCUGCUUAGAUGAAAAUCUAUCUGAUUCCCUUCAUGGAUCCCAGAGAAAUUCGCAUAAAUAAGUUCCCCAAUUUCAAAUGGAGUUUACUGUCUGAUUUUACGUUUCAGAAAUAUCACGUUCACUGCGAUUUUUUUAACCGAAAUAUAUCCAAAGAUUUCAUUAAAUCAUUUUAAGAUUAUCAUUUAGAGGAAUGAUUUUGAGGGAACUGUUUUACUUAGAAGCUAACAUUUUAAAUAGUGAAUUUGGACGAUCUGAUGGUAUUUAUCUCAACUUGAGAUUCUCAAGAUUCCACACAUUUACCAUACAUUGGCCAUACCCACGGAAUUGAACGUGGUAUUGCGCUUCAGGUAUAGGGCAGUGCAUACGGUGGUUGAGAAAUUUGUCUUUGACGAUUCGUGGCCUUGCUGUUUACGAUUCAGACUUAGGACAAUUAGCCUAUGCGCCGCGCCAGUUUGUGCUAUCUUCCUCACUUUUCCGUAAUUUCGAAAACGGGGACCUCAGUAAACGUGUGGGAGAGAGCUAGACAGCAUCACCGGAUAAUUUUGCCAGCUUUCCGACUAAGAAGAAUUUUGCCAGCUUUUCAUGGAUGGUUUAAUUUGAUUCAAAAUGUGGGGUGCGUGUGCGUGUGAAAGUGUUCUGAUUUAUGACUUGAUCUUGAUGACGGCACGGUGGCACACUUCCAGGAGGUUUUUCUGAAUCCCAGGAGUUUUUUUUUUCGGAAUCCCAGGAAUCUUUCGCGAUUUCCUCACAAAUUUGCUCCUCCAGAAGUCUAUUGCAGGAUUCCCAGGGAGUUCUUGCUGAUAUUCUUCCGGGGGUUUAUUUAGGAUCCCUUCAGAAGUUCUCUCUGGAUUUUUUUCCAGAGAAUUUCUUCUGAGAUUCCUAAAGAGGUUUUUUUUCUAGGAUUUCUUCAAGAGCUCUUGCCAAGCCAGGAUUCCUCCAGGAAGUACUAUCGAGAUUAUUCCAGAGAUUCUUUUCUGAUUUGUUUGAGGAAUACUUUCUGAGACUAUUGCGGUUGUAGGAGGUGCUUGCAAGAGUAUUUCGGAAGUUUUUUUUUAAUUGCCUCAGCAUUUGCAGAUGAAACACGAUACCGCCUGAUAUUUUUUUUGGAGAAUCCUAUCUGUAUCAUCAGCAUUUUAAAGAUGACAUUAGAAUAGAAAACUGAAUUUACUUCUGAAAUGGGAGAGGAUAAUUUCCCUUUGAUUUUCAAACUUUUUCAAUCAGGUUUUCAUUCUCCAAACCCCCAGUUUGAUAGAGAAUGUUUUGAGGCCAACAUUGAGUUCAAGGGUUCUAUAAAACACCCAAAGACGAAGUUGGCUGCUGAAAUGCUGAAUAAGACCAUCGAUUUAACGAAACAAAAUCUUCGGAAAAAUGAUUCGACGAUUUACGAUGUUACGAUUUCUAAUUCAUGAUGAUUUUGAAGGUGUAAAUCCAAAGAGCAGAAAUUUCAUGAGUUCAGAGCGGACAAAUAUGCUUCGAAUAUUGCCGGAAUAAAUCGUGAAGAAUGUCCAAGUUAAUUCCAUGAAUAAGUUUUAAAGCAGCUUUUGUGCAGGAUAGCUAUUUGAAAUUGCAAAACAAAUAUUCAAGUUUAUUCGAUAGUUUUUUUUGGAAACUUUGGGAUUGAUUCGGUGAAAUACUAAAUUUGUAAUAAUGAGCGAAGUUUUUGUAUAGUGAGAAAUAAAAUUCUCCGUUUCUGCAAUGAAAUGAUGAAAAAAGCGUGGGUAUUAUGAUUCCUUGACUAAUUUGAUGCUGUUUCAGCAAAAUGUUAGGUAACUGUGUUGUUUAAGUUGCAAGAAAUGGAGAAAACAACAACACUGCUAAGUACUUUUUAGACGAGAUUAAAACAGCUGUACGGUUUCAGUAGUUUCGUAAAUCGAUUUUAAGGUGGUUCAGUAAACAACUGUCAAAAACGUAUGGAAAAAGGUAAACAAUUCAUUUUGGCUGAACGAGUUCGGUGAUCAGCAAAGGUUCUAAUGUCGGCUAAAAAUUAACGAUGAAAAAUUAAAUGUGGCAAGCUCUCAGGCUGGUACACAUAACUUCAAAUUUUUCUAAUGCAGAAAAAAUGAAGAAUUUUAAUUAUGGUAACUCUUGCAGAAAUUUAUAGAGGUAUUACUUGAUAACUUUUCGGCUGUACUUCUAGAAGAAAUAAAGCAGCUUGCUGUGAAAUUACUAAGACAUGAUUAAGUUUAUAGCAAAAAUUAAGAGGAAACUUCUAUUAGCCCUCUUCUAAUUAGUGGUUUUCGACCAAAAUACGAAAAAAUAUUAUGGAAUUGCUCAGAAGUUUUGGCUGAUAUCCUACCUCUAAUUCUUCCAGGAAAUUCGUUUUUCUUUUUUAAAAGUUUUUGCAGAGUUUCGCCCCAAGUUCUGUCCUAAACAGAUUUCUGAAAAUCUAGACAUCCCUCCUUCGAAAUUUUGUCAAAUUGCGACCGAAACUUUUCUAGAGGAUCACAUAAAAAACGUUAAGAGUUCCUCUAUUAAUGCUGUCGGAUUCUCUUCAGGAGCUGCGACUACAGAUUCCUUCAAGAAUUGUUUGGGAAGUAAUGUCUGUAAAUUUAUCAGAAAAUGUCUUUUGUUAUUCGAUAGUUCCGUUUGAAAUUAGGUAGUUUCACCUUUGUAUUGUAAGAACAACAUCGGAUACUUGAUUGAUUGAUUUGUCUUUAUUUCAGAGACUUUCAUACCACAUCGGAUACUGCUGUUCUAUACGUUUUAAAAGAUUUUGCACAAAAUACUGUGCCGAAAAGUUUGAUCAAAUUUCCAGCCGCCGAAUAGGUAGUCAAAAAGCAAUGAGAAUUUGUUAUUUUUAUAUCCGAGUGUGAUCAAAGGUAAAAAUGCAAUAAAUGUAGG